AUGAGGAGGAACAGCCGCAGCAGCAACAGCAACAGCAGCAGCAACAGCAGCAGCAACAGCAGCACCAUGGGGGGAGUCCGGGACCAUGGUAGCUUCUUCAGCAGCAGCAGCAGCAACAACAACAGCAGCAGAAACAGCUCUUCUAGGGUGUCUCUGCCGCUGUUUGAUUUGCCUUUCGCUCUAACGGACGAGCAGUUGCAGUUGCCGCUGCAGCAGCAGCAGCAGCAGCAGCAGCAGCAGAGUUUGGGUUCAUCACGUUCGCAUGAGUUGCAGCUGCUGCAGCUGCUUCCUUCUUCUGUCUCUCCUUGCUCUUCUUGUGCACUGGUACCCGCCUGUUCACAAGAGCAGCAGCAGACGUGUGCAUCGCCCAGCCCAUCAACAACAACAUCAGCAGCAGCAGCAGCAGCAGCAGCAGGAGCAGCAGGAGGCUCGCAGGAGGACCCCUUGCUGCGUCUCUCUAGAACUCACAACACAGACAGCUGCAGCGGCAGCGGCUGUGAAGUUGUGCUGUACAGACAGCGCACCCUUGUUGUUUAUUCAAGACAGCAUCAGAGGGCAGCCAUCAAAACUCUUCUUCCUGAAGAGCAGCUCGCUCUUCUUGCUCACCGGAUAACGCGUUGUGCCCUGUGCGGGCAGCUGGUGGAUCCUUCUUCAUUUACAUUUGAAGCGCAGACAUACUUUCAUAUGCUGCAGGAGCUCUUUGCUAGGCUGAAGCAGCAGCAGCAGCAGCAGCAGCAGCAGCAGCACCCAACACCAGGAGAACAUGGGGUGUAUAGGGACCCCCACACAGGUGCCUUUGUCUGCCCUGAUGCAGAAGAUGACUUUGCUGCUGCUGCUGCUGCUGCUGCCUUAGAAGGAGACACUUGGCAGCAGCAGCAGCAUGCACAGGGACAACGCCAGAGGUGGCAGCAGCAGCAGCAGCAGCAACAGCAGCAGCAGCAAGCGCUAUCAGAUUCAGGGUUGUCUCCCGCCCCCCUUAACCCUUACUUGAGACACAGACAAAGAAGACUGCAGGUAGAAGAAACAACAGAAUAUGAGGCAUUGAGGGAAGUGAAGAUAAGAGAGAGGCUCAGCCAUCCGCACAUAGUUGAUUAUAAGCACUCUUGGCUUGAGAUGCAUCGCCCAAACGAUCUCAGCCCAACAGUCCCUUGGCUCUUUAUUCUAAUGGAGUACUGCAACGCAGGUGCUGCUGCUGCUGCUGUUGCUGCUGCUGCUGCUGCUGCUGCUGCUGUUGCUGCUGCUGCCGCUGCUGUUGAUGCUGUUGCUGAGGCUGCUGGUGUGGGGGAUAUCGGCUUUGGCUGUUGUGCUGAGCCUCUGAUGGUUACUGCUGCGGCUUUUGCUGCUGCUGCUGUUGCUGCUACUGCUGCUGUUGCUGCUGCGGCUGCUGUUGCUGCUACUGCUGCUGUUGCUGCUGCUGCUGCUGCUUCAGGUGAUCUGGAGUCUCUUAUUGAUUUCAUGUAUAGCGGACGCGCUGCUGUUGCCUUUGCGGAGGAAGUUGCUGCAAUAAAUGCAGCAGCAGGAGCGCAGGUGGAGGGAGCAGCAGCAGCAGCAGCUGCUGCUGCUGCUGCAGCUGCUGCUGCAGCAGCAAGCCCCUCACCGCCUCCGUACGUUGUUGCGGCAGCAGCAGCAGCAGCAGCAGCAGGAGCAGCAGCAGCAGAGGCGUGUCCUUCGUCUCCUCUUGCAUCUUGUUCACCCGGGCGUGCUGCAGCAGCAGCAGCAGCAGCAGCAAACUGCUGCUUGAGCAGCAGCCACAUAUGGCGUUUGCUGCUAGAUAUUCUCUUUGGGCUGCAGCACUUACAUCACACGGGGAUUGUUUAUCGAGAUAUGAAGCCAGGGAAUGUUUUAUUAGAUUGCAGGCGUUCUGCUGCUGCUGCUCCUGCUUCUUCUGCUGCUGAUGCUGCUAGCCGAACUGCUGCUGCUGCUGCUGCAGCUGCUGCUGCUGGAGCAGCAGCAACAACAGCAUCCUCUCCCCCCGCCGGAUCCGUUCCCUCUACCCCCGCAGGUGCUGCAGCGGCAGCUGGUGCUGCUGAUGCAACACCUUCUGCACAGCCAGCUGCAGCAGGUGCAGCAGCAGCAGCAGCGGCAGCAGCAGCAGCAGCAGCAGCAGAUAAUUCUAAAGUUGUGCUCCGGGCUUUAUUAGCAGAUUUCGGUACUGCUGAGCUCUCAGGUAUGGUUAGACGGGGUGGCAGCAGCACCCGUGACUCUGCUGCUGCUGCUGUAGGUGGAGCAGCAGCAGCAGCAGCAGCAGCAGCAGGGCCGCAGGCCCCUCGCGGCUUUACAGGAACAAUAGAAUUCACUGCCCCAGAGCUGCUGGAUGGCAGCGGGAAGGAGCCUGAGCUGCGGCCUUCUGUAGAUGAUUUAUUGACGAGCGGCCCUCUCCUCGAUGCCUUAGCAAACAGAGAGGCAUUACAAACUGCAACAGAAGAAUUGGUGCUGCUGCUACUGCUGCAGCAGCAGCAGCAGCAGCAGAUCCAGUCCAGCAGCAGAAGAGCCGUGGCAAUAGCAGCAGCAGCAGAAGCUGCACGAAAUAAAAGUCUUGCUGCAGCAGCAGCAGCAGCAGCAGCAGCAAACGCAGGGGCCCUGAUGCCUGCUGGAGGGGUCGCUUUACCUUAG